AUGGAGGCCAGCCAACAGCCGAGACCGAGGGUGGCCGCCCUCAUGGCCAUCUUUGCUCAGCCUGCGGGCUCCCAUUCCACAACUACAACUCCGAACUCGCCCGCCCCUGGCCCUGCGACUCCAGGCUCGUCGUCGCCCAUCUCUCCACGAGGCGAAGUGGGGGUGAACACGGGAGGAGGAGCAAAGCGACCGCCGCCGCGACCGCCGCGGGUGCGCCGCAGCCAGAGCCGAUCGGAGGACUUCUCGGCCUGCCCUCCGCCCGGCUUCAGCCCCGUCACCCUCGAGACCGCCCAGUUUGGUGCCGGCGGCGGCACUGCGCCGAGCGGCACCGGCGGGCCCGUUGCAACCGCCGGAGCGCAGCCGAAGGGCCGGAGCCGCCGGCGCUACGGCGGCGGCAGCAGCGGCCGGCGCAGGCGGCGGUACGGCAGCCGGGCCGGCCGCGGCUCGGGCAUUCUAUCGGACGGCGAAGGCGACAGCGACGCGGAGGAGAGCGACGACGUCGACGACGACAGCGUCGACAAUAGCGAAGACGGCGACGGCGACAAGAAUGAAGACGACGACGAGGCCGAGCUGAUCUUCAACGAGGAGGACGAGGCGAUUCACGUGCACAAGGCCUACAGGGAGAGCAUGCACCUGUCGGUGUGCCCCUCGCGCAUCGCCGCCGCCACAGUCGUGGGCUCGCUGAGCGAAGACAACCUGAGCCUGGUGGCGGGCAGCGCGGCUGACAAGACGACAACCCAAUCGGGUGGUGGCGCCAGCAAGGACGGCAGCAAGCCAAAGGAAAAGGAAAAGGAAAAGAAGAAGAAACGCGCGAUGACCUUUGGUCAGCUGCGGACGCUGCUGACGCACCACAAGGACACGGGUGACCGGCACGGCUCCAAGGGCAAGGUGGGCUCGGAGGAGCGCGAAAAGGAGAAAGAACGAAAGCGAGGCGAGAAGGAAAGAGAGAAGAGCGAACGCGCGGCCAACAAGGCCAACGGCAGGACACGCAAGGACCUGCACGCCACCACCGCCCCGGCCCACCAUACGUCGACGUCGUCUUCUUCGUCGUCGUCGCCAGCAACGUCGCGCCAGGCCCUCACCAGCAGCCGAUCGCCGUCGCACUCGCGCAGCCCGUCGACCUCGUCGCCAUCCCACUCGCGAAGCCCGUCGCUGACGUCAUCCGUGUCGCCGGCCACGUCAUCAGCGUCGACGUCGCUCGCGACCGAGGCCCACCCGUACAAGAACCACGCCGGCCAGACGCCGCUGCACAUCGCCAUCGACACCUUCGCCGAGCGGAUCGGCAAGGGCCGCGACGACGAAAGCGACGACCUCGAGACCGUGUCAGCCGUCAUCGACGAUGCCAAGGAACGAGGCUACCUGGACGAGACGGACGGGUCCGGAUGGACGGCCCUGCACUGCGCGAGCUACAAGGGCAACUGCCGCCUCAUCACCCUCCUGCUCAAGAAGGGCGCCGACCCGUGCAUCGCCACUGCCGAGGGCACCACCGCGCUCAUCUACUUCCUGCGGUAUGGUGGUGGACUGCGGGAGAUGGGCACCAAGGAGGACGAGGAACCGGAGGAGAGCCUGAUGACGCUCCGCAAGUUCAUCGAACACGGGGCCAACCUCAACGCCCAAAACAGCAACGGCGAAUAUCCGUUGCAUUCGGCGGCGCAGAGCGGCAAGGCCAAGCACGUGGAGAUUCUGCUCAACGCGCACCGAGGCAAGAAGGGCAAAUCCACCCAGCCCAAAGCCGUCGACCCCAACACCCUCAACAAGUGGGGCGAGACGUGCCUGCAUGUGGCGGCGCGGAUGGGCAACACAAAGGUGGUGCGGCAUCUGGUGCGGCACAGCGACAUCGACGUAUCGAUCGUGGGACCCGACGGCACCGCGCGCGAGGUGGCCCUCAAGUACGGCCACCGGGGCGUCAUCGAGCUCAUGGGCGGCCGCGGCAAGGACGGCUACGGCGACAUCACCCUCCACCGCUUCACCUCCGCCCCCGACCUCGCCAAAAUCGUCGCCUGCCAGCGCCUCGUCCGCAAAUGGCGCCGCUACCGACGCAGCUUCCACUUUGCCGUGCAAAGCUGGCGGAGCCGCUACGAGUCGACGCCGCUGAAGAAGCGGUUCAGGAAGGUGCGCGAGAUUGUCGACAAUCAGGCGCGCUACACCGACAACCUCCGCAAGAUCCACCUCCACUACUGGGCGCCGCCGAGCGACGCUCCGGCGGCAGCGGCGGCGGUGCGGGACCUGUUCGGCAACCUGGACAAGAUCCUGACCCUGGCCGAGGGCAUGACCGCCGCCCUGCGCGAGCGGGUCAACAACCUGCCCGACCACCACGACCAGCCCAUCAGCGACAGCUUUGUACAAUAUAUUCCAGCGCUGAGCCUGUACAGUGGGUACUUCCGCAACUACGACACGGCGACGGACACGCUGCGCAUGCUGGCCAAGCAGGACUCGUUCACGCAGUUCCUGCAGACGAUCAACAGCGACGAGGCGGGCGCCGGCGCCGGCAAGACCUCGUGCCUCCACCUCGAGAGCUUCCUCAUCAUGCCCGUGCAACAGAUCCCGCGGUACAUCUUGCUGCUGGAGGACCUGAAAAAGAUGACGACCUACAGCAAGCACGUCGAGCUGCCCCACACCCUCGAGGCGCUUCAGGCCAUGAAAGACCUCGCCGAGCGCAUCAACACCAAAAAGGGCUUCUCCCUCGCCAUCGAACUUGUGGCGAAGGUGCAGACGAAGCUGCUGGGGCUGUACGAGCCGCUGGUGACCAACGAGCGACGAUACGUUCACGAGGGCUGGUGGACCGCCGCCGAGGACCCCAAGCACCUCAUCCAGUCUCGUCUCGCGCGACACCUCGCCGGCGCCAAGAAAGAGGUGGGCAAGUUCUACGCGUUCGUGUUCAACGACUGCUUCGUGCUGGCCAAGCCGACCAAGGACAAGGAGGCCAAGCCCGAGGACGCCUUCUACCAGUUCGUCUCCCUGACCAAGUGGACCUCGGUCCAGAGCCAGUUCUUCCCCGUCACCUGGGGCAAGCACAAGGACGAGGACGUGCAGGGGCUCAAGGUGAAGAAGACGGCGUCGGGCGCCAAGACGAAGUGGCUGCUGGGCGACAGCAAGUACCAGAACGUGCUCUGGCUGGAGAAGCUCCGGACCCUCAACGAUGCCAAGGACAGCCAAUUCGGGCACACGCAGCAGCUCAGCCGGUCGAUGAUUUACCUCACGCAGAAGGGCGAGAGCGCGCUCAGCCUGCUCCACAAGAGCCAGCAGCAGCUGGACGACGUUGCCGAUCAGUGA